CUUACCUAACAGUGGAGGAGGCUUGAUUGCUCCGGCUGGACGGUCACUGGACGGGCGUAACACCCAGCCAGUUAUGUACGCCUUCGGUAGAGACAUCCAUGGAUGCAGACAAUCUGCCAGAAACAAAGAAAUACAGAUACGUUACAACAAGUACCUACCUACUUUGACAGGCCGAGUUACGAGUUACGUGCAGUACCCAAGGUCGUUUGUCCAGCGAUACCCUACUCGACCCAUCCUGUCGGAUCAUUAAGCUGAAUCCAGUAAAACAUGACCUAGGUAUCCGUACACAGAUCUACUACCACCACCAUGGAGUAGUCCGCUCCACGGCCCACCCCAGCAAUGAAGCGGCGUCAACGCCGCCUGCUCUUCUAGCGCAGCGAGGAUACCUUCAUAUUACCUGUCCUGCCCUGGUUCCCUUUCCGUCUCUGUUCCUUCUGAUCUUCCUUUCAUCUAUUCCCGUCUUAAAUCUCGUCUUUCAUCUCUCAAGUCCUACCCAAGCCACUUUACCUUGUCCUUCACUCAAACUCCAUGGGGCAAGUCAUCAUCCCCAGCUGCCUCUAGCGAUGUGCGAGCCUCACACAGGAAACCAGUGGAGAGACUCGCCUUCAGAGGCAACCCAACACCAACACCAGCAGGACAUUAAUAUCACUGCUUCAUGCCCAAGCGCAACUACAAUAAUGACACCUGGAAACGCGCGAAUAGUCCGACAACCAUUAUCACCCCCGACUUCACCACCCGCCUCGUCAUUGAUAUCAUCAUUAGCCUCUGCAUGCCAGUCUACUCGGCCUCUUCAAUCUCAAUCAAUUGAUGUCCUUGCUUCACAACUUGGCAGCUCUUCCUUGGAACACUUCCAUUACGACUCUUCCCGCUCGACUAUACGGCUCCCAGAAACGGCUCUCUCGCCUAUUUCAUUACCCGACGAUGACUGCAUUAAUGUACAGCCGAUACUCAACCAUCAAGGUUCCGACCCCAUGGAGCUUGACCCCCACAAAGACAUGAAGACUUUGAAAUCCCGUAAUUGUCAUCCGAGAGUCUCCCAAGAGGAUUUUGCUUGUGCUCUUGAUGGACCUUUCAGUCCAUUUAUGCCAAUUGCUGUUGAUUCGACAACUCUGAGCGAAGGUCCUGGGGAUGCUUCAAGGUCCUCGUACAGGCCCAAUGCAAAUGGCGGCUUUCAAGUGGAUGAAGGAUACUGUGAAGACGAUGAUGAUUUCUCUUGGCUUCAACCACUUGUGCCGCGAAGGACGACUGGUACGCCUGACGGAAUUAAGAAGCAUUACGAGCUUGGGUAUCGAAGAUCCGCUGAUGCUGCAAGUCGUUGUCGCAACACGAUUCACAGUGUACCUCGAAUGCGACGACGCGACAAAAAGAGAAGUAGGCAUUCGCAAACUCACUCUGCGGCAAGCUCCGUCAGGGGCCGCUCGGAUUCACAAGCCUCCCAGACGGUUAUUUCAACACAGUGAAGUGCCCAAAUUUCUGCGGUGCUCUCUUCAGCAUUUAUAUAUUUUUAAACGGUAUACAUGGUUGGCAGGCUUCAUGUUACAGAGUAGUAGUCCUUUCAAGGAUGACUGACUCACGCAUCACGGCGUUACACGGAUGGAGCAUUUACAAGAGCGAAGCAUUUGCUUUCUGAAACAAGGUCAUGGACGACUGGGCAAAGGCGUUGCAAUUUUUUUCUUCUUCUUUUUAUCUUCUUUAUUCUUGGAAUCACAGCCUGGAGUUAUGGUAUCACGACCGGGGAUAUUAUGUUCUUUACGGGUCAUGUAAGAGGCGUUCAAGGUUUAUAUGCUUGGAAGACAGGACCAGCAUGUGGCGCAUUAUCAGGGAAGCAAGACAAGACUGUUGCUUAGUAUUGUAUGAUGGACAAAGUCGAUAUCGGUAUUUAGUACUAUUGUACGUUAGUAGAGCACCACACAGCGUCUGAUGUCGAUGAGCAGAUGAAACUGUACCCCGUGCGAUACCACAAAGGAAAUCAAACAAAUCGUAUACAAUUUACACUAGACAAACCGUCAGGCAGGGAGC